AUGGCCUACGUACCCCCCUCCCUCCCUGUCAAUCAAUCCUGCUGGCCGGCCCUCGGUGCGAUGAUCGACAGCGGCAAGCGAAUCUGGGAAACCCCGUUCGGCGUUACGAACGCCAGCUUUCCGUGCAGUGCGGACAGGAUUAGCGGGCCUUUGGCGACGGCGGAUCACACGUACACGAUCAACCAUUCAUUGAACAAGAACAUCAUACCCAUCGGGGGCGGAGUGAUUGUAAGCGACCCCCUGGAUGCACCGACGACGAACGGCGUGCCUUCAAUUAUGGCGAAUGUCCAAAAGUAUCUCCCACUUGGCGCAAACCGCAAUCCACAAUUCAUCCUCCUCGAGUUCGUCAACAUCGGAGAAGGGUUCAGAGCUGUGGACAUGCCGAACGGACUCGCGUAA